AUGUCGCCUUUGCCUGUGUGUAUGUCACCGUCCAUCUCCUUUACCGUCCCGAAUCCACUACACCGUCAUCCAUGCCAGCAACAGUCGGCCCCCGACUUGGUCUUUCCAUCCACAACACCAAAGAAAGCUCUUUAUCAUCUGGCAUCGCCCACUAUGAGUCACAGUGGGACGCGUUUGCCUCCCGCGGUCAGCCCUUCAAAGAGAAGCCGAAAGAGUCGCGUCGUCUUUGAUUUUUCUACCGAAGAGAUGGCUAAGUACUUUCAUAUGUCACAACGCGAGGCUGCACAGCAACUCGGGGUUGCUACGGUUACUAUCAAGCGUAAUUGUCGACGUCUUGGCAUCGUAUGGCCCUACCGACUCAUGAAAUCAAAAAAACACGCCAUCAACUGGUCUGCUAUCUCACGUGAGGAUGCACAGCGCAUUCGUCACAUGCGUGCGCUUGAACAUGCAAAAGCCGGUCGUACCAAAUUGAUGCAUAGCCGUAGACGAUUAUCCGAUGCUUCCAACAAAGAGGAGGUAAUGACAGCACCGAGUUACAGUAAAGUCGGCAACGUUGAGCUCACGGAGGCUGGUCGUGCCUUUGCACGAUUACCAUUAGACUGUAUGGCGACUCUCGAAUAG